AUGCGCUUUCACUGUACCAUCUUGCUGGCUAUAUUAGCCUUCCUUGACUCUACAUGCAGAGCGGCUCUCAGUAGCCCUACGAUGGAGCGCCUUAAUGUUGCGGGCAAUAAUGCGGCUCUCUCCAGAAGAUUUUUAAGGUCUACCGGUAGCAACAUUGGAGGUAUGGCCGCGGAAGAGAGAUCUGCCUUGUCGAAGAUCGCUGGUGGUGUAGCGAAAAUUAGCCCAUCCGGCCACGACAUUGCAAACAAAAUGUGGUUGAAACUUCGGACGAAUCCUGAGGUUGUGUUCAAAGAGUUAAAGCUCGGAAAGACUGGCGUAAAGCUCGACAAAAUAACCCAGCUUUCUUGCGGUGGGUGA